AUGAUGACUCCAAACAUGAACUUGGAACCUGAAAAUCCUUCCGAAGCGCUUCGUGGUCUUGACUCCAUGACGCUUGACUUGACACUCAAUAUCAGUUCGAGUGAUGGCGAGUUUAAGGCUUCAAGUGAUGCUAGUAGUGAAGUGGGAGCUGCUGCUGAAGCUGAAGCUCUUGCUUCGCCAUCGGUAACUCCAAGGGUUUUCUCUUGUAAUUACUGCAGGAGGAAGUUCUUUAGCUCGCAGGCGUUAGGAGGUCAUCAGAAUGCUCACAAAAGAGAGAGGACGAUGGCUAAACGCGCGAUGAGAAUGGGAAUGUUCACCGACAGGUAUACAAGCCUAGCAUCUCUACCUCUUCAUGGUUCGCCUUUUCGGUCCCUUGGCGUUGAAGCUCAUGGUGCAAUGCAUCAAAGAACACAUAUGCAACCGAUUUCGUCAGUGAGGGCUCCUGAUAUGAGAGCUGCUGCAAAAUUCAACAGAAACCAUUUCGGAUCGGUUGUUUUCGCGGAAGAUGAGGAUGUAGGUUUCUUUUGGCCGGGAAGUUUCAGACAGGUGGAUCAGGCAGGCGGUGUUAAUGUCGGAAAUUCUAGUUUUGCUCCAAUGGCACCUCCUCCACCGCAAGCAUCAACAUCUACAUCUCCUGAUCUCACUUUGAAGCUAUAA